GUUACAACGUACAUUGUAGUCCGUGGAAGAAACACUGAUUGAGGUUCAAAAGACCAGUGAGCUGAAUGCAUUUUAUUAUUAAAAUUACAAAUAAUUGUUAGGGAUUCCUUAGCUGCGAUGAAGUCAUGAAGGCACAUCUCAACGCGCGCUGGAUAAUUUCGUCAUGGUCCUAAAGCCGCCUACUCCUGUCUGCGAUUGAACGUUUAAUUCAAAUUCAAAGAUUUUAAGGGGACAACUGUCCGAGCUACAAGCAAUUAAAGCAGCAUCAGGAUGGCCUCACCCCAACCAAGCAGCCCUCCAUCGACAGAGCAUUAUACACCACCACCUUCUGAGAACGAGCCAAGCAAUGACCAAGAGAACUUCUCUGAACAACCAACAAGAAAAAGAGGCAAAGGACGGCCUGCAAAAACUCUGCACACUUUUAAAUGCUCAACCUGUCAGGAUGCCUUUGGCAGCCCAUCAACCCUACAGAGUCACAAGCUAUCAGUGCAUGGUAAAGACAAACAGCAGCAAUACAGCUGUGGUAAAUGCACUAAGACUUUUUCCAGCCGGGCACAGCUUUCCAAGCAUCAGCGCUCCCAUUCUGUUCAGCGUCCAUUCCAGUGCUCGCAAUGUCAUAAGGCUUAUAAGACAGCGAUAGAGUUACGCAACCACGGCCGUUCGCACUCAGGCGAGAGGCCUUUUGUGUGUAAUGACUGUGGCAAGGCAUUUAUGCAGGCUAUUUGCCUGCGCAUCCACAUGACGCAGCACAGCGGCGAAAGGCCGUUCUCCUGCCCUCAUUGCUCUAAGAGCUACCCCACGUUAUCUAAGCUUAAAGUGCAUCAACGGACACACACAGGUGAGAAGCCUUACUUUUGUGCAGAAUGUGGCAAGAGUUUUGCCGACCCAUCUGUAUACCGUAAGCACAGGCGUAAUCACCAAGGUCACCGCCCGUAUUCUUGUGACCAGUGUGGUAAAACAUACACAGAACUGAAGGACUUGAAGAACCAUGAGCGUUCACAUACGGGGGAAAAGCCUUACCUGUGCUCUGACUGUGGCAAAGCCUUCUCCCGUUCGUCAUCUUUAGCGUGCCACUUGCGAAUUCACUCUAAAAGCAAGCCAUACCAGUGUGAACAGUGUGGGAAAGGUUUUACUCAGCUCUCUUCUUACCAGUCUCACCUUCGUACACACUCGGGUGAAAAGCCCUUUCUAUGUCCACAGUGUGGCAAGAUGUUUUCAGAUCCCUCUAGUUUCCGACGACACCAGAGGGCACAUCAAGGAUACAAGCCGUACCCGUGCGAUAAGUGCACGAAAAAGUUUCGUCAGCCGGCUGACCUUGCAGUGCAUCAGCGCGUGCAUUCCGGUCAGCGGCCCUACAAAUGCCAAAGCUGUGAUAAAGCUUUCGUUGCUUCCUGGGAUCUGCGGCGCCAUAUGCUGGUUCACACCGGUCUGCGGCCUUUCUCUUGCACGGAGUGUGGCAAGUCCUUUGCAGAACGCUCCAGUCUGAACAAACACAGAAGGGUGCAUUCGGGUGAGCGUCCCUUCAAAUGCCAGCUGUGUUUCAAGUCAUUCGUUGUUUCUUCUAGUUUGCGCAAACAUGAGAAGACGCACUUAGCUGAAAGGCCCUUGGAGGACCAACCUGCUCCGGAAUCUGCUCAAGUGUUCCCCACCACUCUACCCCAGUUCUCCUGCUCUCACUGUGAUAUGAUAUUUGGGACAUGGGAGGAGGUGCAGGCCCAUACCACCCUUCACACUAUCUCUCCCCCAGCUGAUUCUACAGUGUCGGCUUUACCUGUUGGUCCACAUGUUUGUGUGACCUGCCAGGCCGAGUUUGUUCAGCUGGCUGAUCUACAGGCUCACGAGAAAAUGCACCCUAAGCCACGACCCCACGUCUGUGACAACUGUGGUAAAGCUUUCCUGAAUAAAGCCGGCCUUCGUAAACAUCAGCGCAUCCACUCAAACAGUCGUCCCCAUUGCUGUGGUGUUUGUGGCAAGGCCUUUCUCUUUGCCGCCUACCUUCGCAAACAUUUACGCACUCACCGCGACACAGAGUCCACAGCCUCCCUGCCACAGACGGACAUUGUACAUAGCCAACCCCUCCCAUCUCCACCAAGCACUACAUCACCUGAUUCAGCUUCUAUGUCUGUGUUCCUGUAACCGUAUCAUCAUCGGCAUUCCAGACAAUGCCAACCAUGUAUAUAUGGACAAGGAAGAGGGACUCUUUAAAUGAGAUUACAUUUUUGUAAAACAGAAUUUUUGUAAUCAAGAAUUCUGAAAACCGUUAAAAUAUAAUUUUUAAAUUUGACAAAAUUUUUCAGUGCAUUAACAUUAAAAUUGACUUUGUUUGCCCUGUGAUUGAAGUUAAGUAUCUUUUGUUAAAGUUUAUUUAUCUUGUGCCAAGAUUGCCAAACUUUUUUAAGGUGUUUUAUUAAAAUGCAUUGAUUCAUUUGUAUCAUAAGCACAGGUGUAACCUGGUUCAUGUUACAGGCUAUACACUUUUAAUGAGUGUAAUAUUUGAAUGAUGAAUUACUGUAGAUAUGAACUACUUCAACAAUAAGAAUCAAUAAAAAAUUCUACAAAA